GCAAACGGCACAAAAACCUCUGAAGAGCUGCUGGCAUAUAUAAUUCUGCAGUCGGUGAAGCGGCGCAAAUGCAGGGCACAGAAGGGGGACUCUAUUGCUCCAAGCGCACUAUGGUGUCCUAAUCCUCUUUGAAAAAUAUUUGCGCUUAAUUUGAAGCCGCACGAAUAGGAAACCACAUGGGAUUUUUUUUUAGUUCUUUGGAGCGGACACGGUCCCUGCUUUAGAAUGUUAAAGGGAAGGCUACAUGGCGUUUCUUUUUUUGCAAGGCUAUGAAUCUCGAAAGGGGAAGAAACCGCUCGAAUAUAAAUUGUCACUCAGUGUCCUCUUUUGAGUCAAGGAAGUUACUGUCACUGGUGUGGAAACGACAGGUAGCAUGAAUUGCCUAUCGCCUUCGUUCACGCGUGUGGCCGCCCAAUUACGCCGAGGACAGGCGGUGGCAUUGAAGAAGCAAGGAAUAUGGGACAAGUAAGUGCCAGAGUCCAUCAGCCCUCCCGCUGCCCCUCUCCCUAGUCGUUCGUGAGUACAGUUCUUUACAAGACUGAGACAUAAAAAAGCGAGAAAUUCAGUGGAGUCGUCACAAUGAAGCUGGGUGUAUUUGCAGAAACCGUUUUUUCCUGUGCGAUGUGCAGAGCUCGGAUUGUUAGGUAAGAAGGAAGAAAAGCACCUCGCCAUGGGGUCCAAUGCAAGCUGGGCGUCAGUCAACCAAAGUGAGCGGGGGUUCCCUCCGGCUGCCACCGGCGCUUUGAACGCAUCCAGCGCGCACAAUGUGGGGAUCAACAGAAGCUCCCAUGAGACCGGCACUUUAGAAGAUGUGCAAUACCGAGAAGGACAAACCUAUAGACAUUUUACUACUACAGUACAGAUUGUCAUCUUCCUAGGCUCUGUACUAGGAAACUUCAUGGUCUUGUGGUCAACAUGCAGGACAUCGGUUUUUAAGUCGGUAACCAAUCGGUUGAUUAUGAACUUGGCCUGCUCGGGGAUCUGUGCCAGCCUAGUCUGCGUGCCUUUUGAUGUCAUCCUCAGUGCCAGUCCACACUGCUGCUGGUGGAUCUAUACUAUGGCCUUCUGUAAGAUCACCAAAUUCUUGCACAAAGUCUUUUGCUCAGUGAUCAUUCUAAGUUUUCCUGCCAUUGCUCUAGACAGAUACUAUUCAGUUUUAUACCCACUGGAAAGGAAAAUAUCAGAUGCCAGGUCUCGAGAUCUGGUGAUCUACAUCUGGGCACAUGCAGUGGUGGUGAGCAUUCCUGUGUUUGCUGUGACCAAUGUCUCCGAUAUUUACGCAAUGUUCUCUUGCACUGAAUCCUGGAGUUACUCCAUUGGCCAUUUGAUAUAUGUAAUUAUUUACAAUAUUACCACUGUGAUAACACCGGUGGCUGUGGUGUUUCUCUUCAUGAUCCUUAUCCGCAGGGCCUUGAGCGCCAGCCAGAAGAAAAAAGUAAUCAUUGCUGCCUUAAGAACACCUCAGAAUACCAUUUCUAUUCCUUAUGCCUCCCAGAGAGAAGCCGAACUUCAUGCCAUGCUGCUGUCCAUGGUUAUGAUCUUUAUUUUCUGCAGUAUCCCCUAUAUGAUUUUGGUGAUUUACCGUACUGUACUGAGUUCUUCUGAUCCUUCUGUGUUCUUGCUUCUCACUGCCAUCUGGCUGCCCAAAAUAUCACUGCUGGCCAAUCCUCUGCUCUUCCUGACUGUUAACAAAUCUGUACGUAAAUGUUUAGUAGGAACAAUUGUGCAGUUACACCGAAGAUAUAGUCGGAGGAACAUUGUCAGUUCUGGAAGUACCACAGAUGCCAACCUGGAACCUCAGGUCCAAUCUGGUAGCCAACUAUUGGAAAUGUUUCACAUUGGGCAACAGCAAAUUUUCAAACCUAUAGAGGAUGAGGAAGAGAAUGAAACUAAAUCCACUGGUUCCAAUGACUACCCGCAGAAAGAAAUCCCUACAACCAGCUUGGAUGUAGAACAGACUUUGGUUCAGAGGACUAUGCCACAUGUAAUUGCAGACUCUGGUGCACAAGUGGCUCCAGCUAUACCAACGGAUGCAGAAUUGGCUAAUGAAAAGUAUUCCAUGCAGCUAGGCUUUGGCCCUUUUGAGUUGCCUCCACAGUGGCUAUCAGAAAAUCGGAACAGCAAGAAAAGACUCUUACCUCCUUUGGGGAAUACCCCUGAAGAGCUAAUCCAGACAAAGCAGCCCAAGUGUAGAACAGAAAGAAAAAUCAGUCGGAACAAUAAAGUCAGCAUCUUUCCAAAAGUGGACUCCUAGUAAAAGCAGGAGCUGUGUGUGACAAGACACACCUCCCUUCUUGCAUAUAUGUGAUCCUAUGGAUCUUUGCUAGAUUGCAAUAUAUUAAAGGCUUAUUUUUGUGCCAAUUUAUGUACAAAAUGAAAACAUAAAGUGUUCCUUAUGAAUGGAUGUCAGUAUAAAUAUCACAUAUAUUUAUUUACAUUUAUUCUCCAUUAUGAAAUAACAGUUGGUUUACUUCCAAAAGCAUAAUUUGGAACUCUUCCAAAGAUUGCUUCCUCCUAUACAUAUUAUUAUGAUCUUUCAAACUGGUACAAUUAACACCUGCAGAGAUGCAUAAAGGGUAAAAACUCUACAAUUAGGAGCACUACGGAAAAGAAUUCUAUAAAUAUGGACUUCCCUGGAGCUCCAUAAAUAUGCUUCUUCUUUUGCCAAAACCUGAACAUCUUUCAGGAAAACUACAACACCUGUCAAUCUGAGGUGGCUCUGAGAAGCCAGAACUGAACAAAACAAUUACAUUUAUAAUUUAGUAAGAUUUUUUUUCUUGCUUGCUUGGUUUUACACUGUUUUAGCCUGCCUCUUGUUGUUGAGACAAGUAUUGGCUAAAUAUAAACAUAUAAUCUUGGAUACAUUGCCUUUGAAGUAUUUCCGUUCAGGCUGCCAUUUACUGUGAUGAGCACUGUGCAGUUUUAGCAAACUGAGUGGUGACUUUAAAGGUGUAAAAGAGGAAGAACAAAAAUCUAGUGGCACCUUGAAGACUAACAACCCUUAUUUUAAUAGGAGUUUUUGUGGGUCAUAGCUUGCUUUAUCAGAUAGAUGGGUGAUGAGAAAUCAUACUGGAGGUUUUUAAGAGUCAAAGCUUGGUGUGAAUUCAUGCUAAGCCUUGACACUCCACCUCCAUAACAAUUCCUCAGUUCAGUUUCCCAUCACAUAUCGAUCUGACGAACUGUGCUAUGAAAGCUCACACUGAGAUAAAUGUUGUUAGUCUUUAAGGUACAACUAGUUUUUGUUGGUAUUUUCUAAUAUGACUAACACAGCUACCCAUUUAUAAAAUAAGUACAGAAAUACCUUUUUAAUAAUUCCAUAUACUAUCAGGCAUAACACAUUUUUGAACAUGUUUUUGUGAAGCUGACUCUUAGUUUCAAUUAAAGUGACUAAUCACUGUGUCAGAAUGAUCCUUUGAUUUUUAAUGCCAAGUCUUUUCUGUGCCUCUCCAAUGUAGCAUGGCAAAAUGGCACAUAGAAUGUGGUUGCCAUUUUUGCCUGGCCCACAAAACAUGGUCGAUUAUUUAAGAUCUUGAAUAUAAAUAAAACUGCAUGUCCGCUGAGGAUUACAUAUAGAAAAUACUUCUUCACUAUGGCUUAGAAAUGUCAAGCCACGAGGAAGUUCAGUUCUUUUCUGAGAAAUGAAUUAACUUCAGAUAGGUUGUACACUCUGGUUACUUGCCUGUGAUUCAUCAUAGUUAGAUUUUCCUCAAAUUUGACCCACUUGGUUUACCUUAGGUUCUCUCCUUGAAAGUGAAGGAUUUUUAAGACCAUACAUACUGAUCUAGUACUUUCAACUUCCAAGGAGUAGCGUAAUAGAACAACAUCUGUGAUUCAUUGUUAAUUUCUACCACACUGAAUGAACAGAUUCAGUGUUUGUCGAAGGCUUUCAUGGCCGGAUUCAGCUGGUUGUGGUGGGUU